GAUGGGCUUCAACGACCAGGAGAUCGUGGCGCUUUCAGGUGCCCACACCGUGGGUCGAGCUUUCAAGGAGCGGAGUGGGGCUUGCCCCUUCGGCUACGGCGAUGCGAGUGCCUCAAAGCACACCAAGUCCACAUGCAAAGUCCGAAAGGACAACGCCGAUGGCGUAGGCAUGGCUGGCGGCUGCCCCUGGACGAAAAACUGGCUGACCUUCGACAACUCCUACUUCAGCCGCUACAAG